GACAAAAUCACAACAGACAAAACGAUCAAAAAACAUCCUAACCUUUAUCCCACACAAAUCCUUAAGCUCCUCAACAUCCCUCUCCCUCAAUCUCAAACUCAUCUUCUGCAACAAUGAUCUUGCAAACCCAAUCUCUGUCUUCCCACAUUUUCCCUUCCAAUUUCCAUCCUACCUAUAAACCAAUAUCCUUGAAACCCCUUAAUUUUCUCCCAAUUCAACCAAACCCAUCUCACAAAUUCCCCUUAAAAUGCUCCGUUUCAGUAGCUUCAGACCCAUCAACAACAACCCAGGUAAAACCUUUCCCCGCUGAAGUUUCUAGAACUAUAAUGGAGUUAUCUUCAUCUGGGACUCUUUCUACUUUGACCCAUGAUGGUUGGCCUCUCGGAAUUGGAGUUCGUUUUACUGUUGAUGCUGAUGGUACUCCUAUUGUUUGUUUGAAUCUCUCUAAUAGACACUUUUCCAUUGAUAAAAGGUCUACUCUUCAUGUUCAGCUAGAACAAUGUAAAGUGAGAACUCCUCAGUGUACCAUACAAGGUAGCCUAGAUAAACCGGAGGAUAAAACGGUUCUGAAGAAGCUUCAUUCAGUGUGGAAGAAAAGGUUCGGGGAAGAAAUAAAUGAAGACCUCUUGUAUGUCGUUUCUGUGGAUCGCGUCCUGCAGCUUGAAGAUUUUCAGGAGGAUGGUGUAUGGGUGACAUCUUCAGAUUAUAAAAAUUCAUACCCAGAUCCUCUAAGAGAUAUUGCUGAAAAGGUUGUGAACGAGAUCAAUGCAAACAACAUGGAGGAUGUACUCCGCUUUUGCAACAUUUACGCUGAUUUGCAAUUUCAGGUAUCUGAGGCGAAGAUGGUGUGGGUUGAUCGAUUAGGUUUUGACAUGCGUCUCUAUUCACCUCCUAAUGGUUUAUUUGAAAUUCGGAUCCCAUUUCCUAGAGAAGUGACAAACGAGAAAGGUGUGAAAUCAACGUUCAAUGGCAUGUCGCAAAUCGCGUGGGAAGUGGAAAAGAACUACUAUUCCUUAGACUUCAAUAGAGUUAAGCAAUUCAAGAAGCUUGGUGUUACGAGAUUAUAGAUUAUAAUGAAAUCGUAUCGUUAUUGCUAAUAGUGACCUUUGUAUUCCUUUUCCCAGCUAUACGAGGCUUUAACCCGGCAAUUUUUUGAGGUGGAAUCUUAACCAUCUCCUGUAUUUGUCUAAUAUGUGGUUCUCUAUGUUAGUCGGAGAGAUUGUGAGCAGUUGUGAGAGUGAAAAAGACAUUUGUAGUUGAUUUUCUAUGGAAAUGGUAGCUAUGGAUUGUUGAAGUAUCAUCC